AUACACCAAAUGCUCUGUUUACAACGGUUCAAGAAGAGUUUUCCUGACAUCCGACUACACCGCCAAUCGCCUCUGCACAGCAAGCGUGAAGCCCCGAAACUAAAUGAUAACCGCAUUUACUAGCAAACUAAAGGAUAUAAUAGGACGUUCUCAUAUGCCAGUGUCACGGAAAAGAGCUUUUGACGACAAGGACGACGACAUUCUGAUGAUUGAUGUAGGGGAGCCGGCUCGCAAAAGAAGCCGGCCCCUAUCUGAAACAGAGGAACCAUUAAUAAGAUCUUACUCACUAGGAGGGCACAAGAUUUUGAAAGGUACAGCAAAGAGGCUCUGCAACAUAUGGUCUUGGAUGUCAUCUUUCAUCACUCCAUCCAUGUCUCACGAAGAUAGUUUAAUCGGAGAUGUUGCACCAAACGAUCUUCAAUAUUUGGGAUCAUUUCCCAGGAGUCAAAUCAAAGAUGGACCAACAAAACGGCCAGCCAUAUCAAGAAGAUGUAUUGAUGUCUCAGAAAUUCAGAGAAAUUCCAACAAUCUGCAUCUGGCUUCUAUUGAUUCCAAUUUCCGCUUCAGUCCAAGCAUCACUUCUACGGUGACAAAGACUACGAAAGUUCCUUCUUCAAGAUCGUUUUUCAGUGAUAAAUAUUUACCAAAGCAUUUGUCAUUACAGCGAAGUCUUAUGUCACAUCACAGGAAGUCAAGCAUACUAAAGAGUCAGUCCCCUGUGAAAAGAUUGUAUGAUAUCAAACAUGCAGGUGUAGAUGACAAAACGUUGUUAAAAGCUUUUUCAAAACUGUCAGAUAAGAAGCGAUUUUGUACUCAAGAGGCAUUUAGACACGAGGAAAAGUUGCAGUACCAGCGACUCUUGCACCAGUUUGCUAAUAAUCAAUUAACUUCAAGCUUAAGUUCAGAAAGGGUGCCUUCCUACAUAUCUUUAAGUUCGAACAGUUGCAGUUCGAGCCCUCAGCCUGUGAUCAGGCGAUUGCACCACGAUCCUCAGUGGACAAAAGAUAAAAUAAGGCAGCUGGAUACAACAUAUAACUCGAAAAGUCCUCCGUCUUCAUCGCAGACAGAAUUACCAUCUCAUAGCUGGUUGCAGGACAAGUGCAGCAUCAAGAUGCGACCAGGUAUUAAAGACAUCAAAAUGACACUUACCAUGAAGAAUAACAGUCAAAAUGGCAAAGAGCCUGAAGAUGACUGUACUAUUAUUGCUGAAAACAUCAAGCCUCGGCCGAGAACAAACUCGCUGGAAUGUAUACUUCUUGAGUCACCAGUGUUUGACGAAAAAUGGCAUAAGGAAUUGAAUGAGAGAUAUGAUAACAGAGCAAAGAUGCAAUCAGAAAAAGCCAAGAAAGCAGAAGAACUUCAUAAAAUGUAUGAAGAAGUAAGGAAGAAAGCACACACAUCUCUAGAAGACAGAAUUACUGAAAGAAUAAAGCAUCUCAGGUUGCAGUACCCAUAUCAGAUUGAAGACAUUGAAGAAGAGAAAGAAGAGGAGGAGGAAGAGGAAUUACCUGAAUUAACAACCGAGAUGGUAGCAUUAAUUGAAGAUGCUUUAGACAACAGGCAGCCAGGUAAAGUUUUGGUUGACAAGUUUAAUAUCCAGAUAACCCGGCGGGACAUCGCAACUUUAGCAGGUCUUAACUGGCUUAAUGAUGAGGUUAUUAAUUUCUACAUGAAUUUAUUGAUGGAAAGAGGGAAAAACUCUAACUACUUGAAUGUUCAUGCAUUCAAUACCUUUUUCUACCCAAAAUUAUUGAAUUCGGGAUACUCCAGUGUUAGAAGAUGGACAAAGAAGGUUGACGUCUUCAACUUUGAUCUUCUCCUUGUACCUGUUCAUUUAGGAAUGCACUGGUGCUUAGCUACCGUAGACUUACGCGACAAACACAUCCGUUAUUAUGAUUCUAUGCUUGGUGAUAACAAUAGGUGUUUAGAGGCUUUGGUGAAAUAUUUGGAGUCUGAACAUCUUGACAAAAAGCAGUCCAAAUACGACACGAGUGGUUUUACAUUGGAGAACGUGAAGAAUAUCCCACAACAAAUGAAUGGAUCUGAUUGUGGUAUGUUUGCAUGCAAGUUUGCAGAAUACCUUUCCAGAGGUGCUGAAAUAACAUUUGAUCAGCAACACAUGCCAUACUUCAGAAGAAGAAUGAUUUAUGAAAUAGUGUCUGGUAAAUUGUUGUAAUGCAAAGAAUGUACUAUGAAGCUGAAUUUUGUCAUACAUUUGUAAGCAGGGAACUAUUUAAAACUACAAAGAUAUAUCUGUUUAGUGCUGCUGCUUCAUUCGUGUACAUUGAUAAGUUUAAGGGUAUCAGUAUGACUAAAUGCAGUAUUACACCAGGGUCAUGUGUACAGUUAAACUGUUCCAGUAUUGUGUUGUGAUCUUCAGGAAGGAAAGACUUCAUGUGAUUGAGAAAAAUAUUAUUACGUAAAGAACAAUUAUUGGCAAGCAAGGAGAAUCUGAUUGUGCUGUGACCAUAUCCUGUUUACUAAUCCAGGGAACUUUAUAAACUGCAUGACAGAGCUGAAUGGCAUAUAGACUUGAAACUGAUGCAAGGCUGUCUUAGUGUAGAGGAAAUGACCAUGCACUUACUGAUACAGAGAUACUGUACAUAUUCUUUUACUUGUGUGUUUUGCUGAGCUGAAAGAAAGAGAUUUUGUAAAAAGUCAAAUUUGUCCUGGCUUAAUGCAAGUAGCCAAACACAUGCUGACAUGGAGAUAUUCUUUUUUUUUAUUUUAUUUUUUUUUUUUUUUCAAUAUUUACAUACUGGAACAUAAUUUGUGGCCUAUGACAGAUACAUAGUAAAGUGAUUUUUCUCUUUUUGUAUCUGAAACUUGUACAAAAAUGUCACUACAUCAAGUAUGGAUCCAGUCGCUUGUGCAUUUUGGGAGUAGGGUGAUGUAAAAUUAAGUACAACACUAAUAAAGAUAUUACAAGCCAAAUGUACAAAUAAGAGUUCAGAUUCAAACAUGUCAUGUAUCUACAGACGUAGGGUAGUUAUGAAAAGAAUGGAAAGUUGUAUUUGUAUCAUAUGGAGUAUUGCGUAAUGAAACUGGCUUGUACUAGCAUAUGGUUUCAAGCUUUCAUGAAAAUACCUAGCAUUAUUAAGAAUAAUUAUAAAUAUAAUACGUCGUCUUGUUCAUGGGAAAGUACUAAAAUGCAAAUGUAAAUAAAUAUGAGAUCUUAUGCAAAUAUGAAUGGCUGAGUUAAAUAAUAAAUAAUGUUGAGAACUUGUUUGCCCAUAGUGAAUGUGCAGUUAAAAUCUCCAUCAGGAGCAAUAUAUGUUCUUGUGACAGCCUUUUAUUUGCUAGGUCCUAAUAAAGAAUUGCUUUUACAUUCAGGCAAAGAGCUGUAAAUGAAUAGCAGUGCUGUCAAAUAUGGUUAUGAGUGUGGGAAUUUAUUACUUUUUUUUUUCAUGCAUUAAAAGGUAAAAUCUUAUAUUCAGUAUAUCCAUUGGUUAUAUGUGAAACCUUUGAAAGAUUUGUGUUAGAUCAUAAAAGGAGAAUUCAAGAGUUGAAGCGGAAAAGGUGAGAAGAGAUAAAGUUAGAGCAGUGUAUUUUCUAAACUCAUUAGAAAUCAUUUUUCUAUGUUCUUAAUUAAAAUUGUGAUUCUGUUCGCACUAUUAGUGAUUAGGAAUAGUAGGACAGGAAAAUUUUCUUUGCAUCAAAGAAGCUUUGGUUUCUGGUAUGUACUUAGUUAACUAAGUUGGUUAUGGAUAUGGGCAAGAGAACUCAAUAAGAUAAUAGUAGUAAUAAGAAUGUGUAUGGAUUAAUGUGUAUUUUUCAUGCCAGGAAUUUUUCAAAGGUCGUAAGAGGUCCUAAACAGAUGGUAACAUAAGUCCUAAGUUGUACAAAAUACCCUGUUCUUUGAAUGAUGGAACAUCGAGCAUUGUUUUGCAGUACUAUUGUUUUUUUAACUGUCAAAGCAAUAGGCCACUAAAGGAUGGACAUUGGAAUACCAGUACUAUGUAGUUGCAUUUAAAGGGAUUAAUCAUGAAAAUUAAAAUAAUUUAUGUGGUAUAUUAGGCCAGUGCAGUUAAUUGCCAGCUUCCCUCAAUACACCAUAAUAUUCUGGAUCCAUAUCUGUUUUAGUAACAAGCAACCUUCUUUAGCUUAGUAAGGUUUAAUCUGGUUAACUUUGCUCUUUUGUACCAGCAUGUAGGUGUGAAAUAAAUGUAUACUAAGA